AUGCCACGCAAAGACAAAUUCGAGAACAACGGGUCUGCAAAUCGCCGGACGCACACUUACAUGUCCCCGGAGGACCAGGCGAGCGGGAAAAAGUCCUACUGGACAGAGUUGGAGAUAACAGGGACUAUUCGAAAUCUAAGCUCCAACCUGUUCCAGUUAACGCAUCUCACUGCGUUGUAUAUAAAGAACAAUCAGUUGUUGAGACUGCCACCAGACAUUUGUAAUUUAGUGAAUUUAAGGCAUCUCGACUUGAGCAACAAUAAGUUACGAUCACUGCCGGCUGAGCUGGGAGAGCUCAUACACCUCAGAGAGUUGAAUUUGGCAAACAACUGUCUUAGGAUAUUACCUUAUGAGCUCGGCAAACUUUUUAAUCUUCUCAGCCUCAAUCUCAGUGGAAAUCCCCUGAACAAGGAUAUCCUCUCAAUAUAUAGUGAACCAAAUGGUACAGCAAAGCUGCUGACGUUUAUGCUGGAUAAUUUACAAGUUACGACCCCUUCUCCGCCACCCCGGCCAUGGAUUCCUCUGGCAAGGCCGUCUACGAAUAGACCAACAUCUAUCUUCACUGUGAUGUGCUACAAUGUUCUAUGUGAUAAAUACGCUACUAGGCAGAUGUACAGUUAUUGUCCAAGUUGGGCUCUCAAUUGGGAUUACAGGAAAAAAGGCAUUCUCGAGGAAAUCAAACAUUACGGCGCCGACAUUAUCAAUCUCCAAGAAGUCGAAAUGGAGCAAUUUUACAAUUACUUCCUGCCGGAACUGAAGAUGGACGGCUACAACGGCAUCUAUUCGCCCAAAUCGCGAGCGAAGCACAUGGCGGAGAGCGAGAGAAAGUAUGUCGACGGAUGCGCUAUCUUUUAUAGGGUUUCCAAAUUUACAUUAGUAAAAGAACAUUUAGUAGAAUUCAACCAAUUAGCUAUGGCCAGUGCGGAUGGUUUGGAGCAUAUGUUGAACAGAGUAAUGCCCAAAGAUAAUAUAGGGUUAGCGGCCCUUUUACAAACAACAGAGGCAGCCUGGGAUAAUGCUCCACAAGACGCUCCUUUUCUCCAACAACCUCUCUUGGUGUGUACCGCCCAUAUUCAUUGGGAUCCAGAAUUUUGUGACGUCAAACUCAUCCAAACGAUGAUGCUCUCCAACGAACUGAAAACCAUCCUUGAAGAAUCUGUGAAGACGCUGAAAGCUCAUGACAUUAACACCGAUCCCAGCAACAUACAAUUAGUUUUGUGCGGAGACUUCAACUCUUUGCCGGAUUCCGGAGUCAUAGAAUUUUUGGGAACUGGGAAAGUGUCCCAAGACCACAAGGACUUUAAGGCGCUAGCUUAUAAAUCGUGUCUGGAGAAGGUACUCAGCUGUGAUAAACCGAACGAGUUUACACAUUCCUUUAAACUGGCUUCAGCUUACAAUGAUGAAAUAAUGCCAUUUACCAAUUACACAUUUGACUUCAAGGGCAUUAUUGACUACAUAUUCUACGCCAAACAAACAAUGACACCUCUGGGUUUAUUGGGUCCUCUCUCCCAGGAAUGGUUGCAACAGAACAAAGUUAUAGGUUGUCCGCAUCCUCACAUCUACUCUGACCAUUUCCCGUUGCUGGUCGAGCUGGAAAUGGUACCCACCAUUACAUCGGCAAUGAACGGGUUGAUUGGUCAUAGGU